UUGAUUCAGCCUCUUACGUUACCGUAGACGCUUCGGUAGGCACGGCCCUCUUUUAAAGUUCCUGGGGGAAGAGUACAGGGAGCCGGACAAACUGAAGGAAAGGGGGCAAGCUUGAGCCCAGAGGAUACAUAUUUAUACAUUAUUCACCCCGGGAGGAUUGCCAUUAAACCGAGGACCAGGUGCAACACGGAAAACCAAGGUCUUGACUGCCCGACAACGUCAGAAAAUAAAGAAAAUGGCGGAGCCAGACAAAUUAAACAUCGACUCUAUAAUUCAGCGUCUCUUGGAAGUCAAGGGCUCUCGACCAGGGAAGAAUGUCCAGCUGACAGAGAGUGAGAUCCGUGGCCUUUGCCUAAAGUCCCGUGAAAUUUUCCUGAGCCAGCCAAUCCUGCUUGAACUAGAGGCUCCCCUCAAAAUCUGUGGUGAUGUUCAUGGCCAGUACUAUGAUCUGCUCCGGCUGUUUGAAUAUGGAGGCUUUCCCCCAGAAAGCAACUACCUGUUCCUCGGUGACUACGUAGACAGAGGGAAGCAGUCACUGGAGACUAUCUGCCUGCUUCUAGCCUACAAGAUCAAAUAUCCAGAGAAUUUUUUCCUGCUGCGUGGAAACCAUGAAUGCGCCUCUAUCAAUCGAAUCUAUGGCUUUUAUGAUGAGUGUAAGCGACGGUAUAACAUUAAGCUGUGGAAGACCUUCACAGACUGCUUCAACUGUUUACCUGUGGCUGCCAUUGUAGAUGAGAAAAUCUUCUGCUGUCAUGGAGGCCUCUCUCCUGAUCUUCAGUCUAUGGAGCAGAUCCGCAGAGUAAUGCGACCCACAGACGUGCCUGACCAGGGUUUGUUGUGUGACCUCCUGUGGGCGGACCCAGACAAAGAUGUGCUGGGCUGGGGCGAAAACGACCGUGGCGUCUCCUUCACAUUCGGGGCAGACGUGGUGGCCAAAUUUUUGCACAAACACGACAUGGACCUAAUAUGCAGGGCGCAUCAGGUUGUAGAAGACGGUUAUGAGUUUUUCGCCAAGAGGCAACUUGUCACCUUAUUCUCUGCUCCCAACUAUUGUGGAGAGUUUGACAAUGCCGGUGCCAUGAUGAGUGUGGAUGAGACACUCAUGUGCUCCUUCCAGAUUCUGAAGCCAGCAGACAAGAAAUUGUAUCCUUAUAGCGGAGGGGCAGGAAUGGGAUCUGGGAGACCGGUCACCCCGCCGCGAAAUUCAGCCAAGGCUGGCAAGGCCAAGAAAUAACAGCCGCUGGAUUCCCCUCCCACAACCUGCCACCCCCUGUCCGCCCAACACUCUUUUUUCCUCUACCUCCCAAACUCGUUUCUCCCUCGUCACCAAACAGCAACAAAGCAGACAAAGUGUCCAGGGUUUAAUUAUGUUUUUUUUUUCUCUCUAAAACUAUUUUUUAACUGUUUGUUUGGCUGUUUGCGUGCACUUUGGAGAGUGUGUAAAAAAAAAAAAAAGAAAAAAGCGAGAAUGAUACAGAGGGAAUUGCUGUAUUCUGUAUGUUUGUUUUUUCUUUUUUCCUCUUGUACCCUCUGUUCAGUUUUCCUGUCAUUUUGUAGAGAUGGGUUCGUGCCCAUCUGUGAUGUACUUUUCAUCCUGGGUGCAGGGGAGGAGGGGAAGGGGCAGAGAAAGAGGAGCCUUUGCUGUUUAUGUUAAGGCCCUGCACUGUUUAAUGCUAAACACAAGCUUUUGUACAUCCUGUUUCAGAGGUCUGUGUAUGUCUGUGUGAUGGGGGGGGGGGGGGGGGGGGGGGGUCAAGUUGCACGGUCAAAUGAUAAUGGCACAUACCACACACACACACACACACACACAUACACACUGGGCACACAGGUGGAUAUACAGUAUGUGCAGGUGAAUCUUUUAAUCAAACGGAUUCACAAUACGAUUUUUUUCUCUUCCUUUUUGAAAACCAAUGAUUUAAGAACACAGUCAUGGAUGUGAAAUAGUUUUUUUUGUAGAUACAUGAAAUCAACAUGGUUUGGUUUCUUCGCUUUUUCUUGUUUUUGUUUUUAGGUCACUGAAAGCUGAAGAUGAAUAAAAAUAACCAUUUAUUUGAAUUACGCCAUCA